AUGACAAAGUAUCAAACACUUCUGAUCUAUUGUAUCCAAACAGCAGCAGCUGUAGUUCUCUUCUUCAAGUUCCAAUGGGCGCAGACCGAGGCAGACCAAACCAGAACGGGCCGCGCCGCAGACCUCCGCUCCAUCGGAACCACAACCACUUUUCCUUCACUUCACCACACCACCUCAAUUCACCUCACCCACCUCUCCUCCAUGCGACCCACCCGCAGCUUGGAUCAUAAGAUCCACCUCCUCAAACCGAGAGUCUUGAACCUCCCCCAAACCCAAGCAGUGCGCACCAUCAGCACAAUACAAGGCGCACGCCCACUCCGCCCAUCACCAACACACUCAUCACAAUGCACACAAGCACCCCGACGCAGCUUCGGCCUCCCCGCACUCUCCUCCCUCUUACCAAACGGAAAUAACGACUCACCAAAACGCGUAUUAACCGCAACCCGAACCCUCCCCUACGCCCCACCAAACCUCUUCAAAGUAAUUUCCUCCGUGGAAUCCUACUCCCAAUUCCUCCCCUUCCUCACAGCCUCCACCGUCACAGCCCGGGAUCCAGAAACAGGUCAUCCCACACAGGCAUUCUUGACCGUCGGCUACGGACCUCUCAGCGAGACAUUCACGUCGCGCGUCGACUGCGAUCCGAAAAACUUAAUCGUUGAAGCGCGGAGCGGCGCGAAAUACGGCGGUGCUGAGAAGGGGAGUAGCAGUGGUGGGAGUGGGUUGAGUGGAUUCUUCCCCGGUGCUAGUGAGGGGAUCUUUGAAUAUCUUUCUACGCGGUGGGAAUUGGUUCCCCUAGAUGCGAAGGGUGGUCAACCGCAGACGAAGGUGAAUCUGGAAGUGCGGUUUGAAUUUCGGAGCCAGAUGCAUGCUACUGUUAUGGGGGCUGUGGAGGGACAGAUGGCUGGGGUUAUGAUUGAGGCGUUUGAGAAGAGGAUUCAUGAGAUGCAUGGGAGGUGA